UGGAGGAAGGGAAGAUGUGAAUCUGCAGAAGAAGAUGCAAGGACUCCUUGCUUUCAGUUUCAGGGGCUCCCCCUGCUUUAUUCACAAAUGCCAUAAUUCUUGUUCAUAUAAAAAACGUUUUGUAUGUACGCCUGUUUGUAGCUUGGGAGACCAAACCAGAUCAACUCUAGGAAACAACUGGCCAUCCGUUGCUCUCUCGCUUUUCAGUUCUGGAUUCUUCUUGGGUCCUCUCAUCGAUGGACUUCAUUCAAGGGUCGAUCUUGUGGUCUAUCAAAAUGGGUCAAUCAACAUCGGUCCUCUCCAUUCAAAUAUUUGGGUUCCUCCCUUACUUGGGUUGUUUUAUUGCACUGUUGGGUUGCUGCAACUCUUCUUGGAUGAAAGAGCAUCUUCAAAGGUUCCAGAAGGAAGUCUGGAGAAGGUAGCCGUUAGUUUACUAGCACUUGUGCUAUUCAUAGAAAUGAGCGCAGAAAUGUAUAAAGCUGGAGUAGCAGACAACAUUGAGGCCUACAUUUUAUUUGCAGCAGCAGAAAUCAUAUGGUUGUCCUUGGACAGGACGUGGGUUGGCUUCACACUGGCAUCCAUUGGAGGCCUUGUCUGUCCAUUGGCUGAAAUUCCCAUUAUGAAGUUCUUCCACCUUUGGUAUUAUCCACAAGCGAACAUUGAGAUCCUUGGUCAGGGGUUAGUCACUUGGACCAUCACUUGCUACUUCGUUUAUACUCCAUUCCUGAUCAAUUUAGCACGCUGGUUGAGAUCAGCUAUAGCAGCUGCUGACAAGUCGGCCUAGGAAAUAUAUUUGGGGUUAUGACUCUCAGCUACAUGAGAGAGAAUUCAGCCGGACAACCAUCUUCCAUAGUAAAGAGAGCCUGUACUCUUUUAAUGUACUGAAUUCUGAAUCUUGAACAAGUAUGAAGAAUUUUAGACCAGCGUUGAGCUUAUACAAAUCCCUUAUCUA